AUGCUUCGAUUUCAGUAUUUAUCUCAAUAUGUAAUAGUUCAUGGUAGAGGCAGGAUACGAUAUUGGCAGUGGAAUGCACCUCGAACCCACUUUACUACUAGUUCACUGGUGUUGCACAAUUCAAUAAAUGAAUUUACACUACACCCACAAAUACCGAAACCAAAUGAUAAAUUUGCAGCAAUAGUGGACAUUCCACCUGAUAUUUUUCCACACCCAUUGCAACUGAUGGACACUCAAAGACUUCAGCAAUUUACAAAGAGAGAACUUCGAUAUCUAAGUGGAAUUGAAUACAACUCGACGGAGGAAAAAGCCAAUGCUUGUUUCACCAUAUCAACGGCUAUAAAAGAUCUCAUACCUUCCAACCCAAAGCAGGCUAGCCGGAUCUAUCAUUUAUUGACAGAUGAAGAAAUGAAAAGCUUGGUAUUUCGAAAUGUCAUCGAAUCUUUAUCUGGAGAAGAGACUUCCAAAGUGUACAUGCGGUUCAAUGCAGAGCCAACAGCAUAUGAAACAAAGGCUAGCUUUUUAAAAGCUCUUUUGAAUUUAUUGAAGUCUGACGUGACAUCCAAGCAAAAGUCAAAGAUGUUGUUUGAGUACUUUGAAAGGAUAUCCCAGACCGAGAUGGUCAAUUCAAAGCCCAUCCUACUUGAUACCAAAAUCUUUCGUACUAUACUUGAGAUCAUCGGAGAACGCAACCAUUCAGAUCUUUAUUCAUACUUGCUACAUCUAAAUAUACGACCGAAAUCAGAAUCUGUGUUUAAGAAAUUUCGUGGUAGUCUUUUGAUGAUUUCUCCACGAUCACAAUUUAUUGCCAAUACUGGAUACAUCAACCCCAAAUGGUACGAUUUGAAUCAAACGAAGUUUAAUCCAACACAUACAGCACGAAUAAUUGAAUUUUACUCAUUUUUCGAAUUGAAUGCAAUCCAUAACCACUAUGUUCACCACAGUGAUCCUGCAAGAGCUUCACUAUUUUUGAGUUUCAUGGUGGCCAAACUUGAAAGAGAAGGUAGACGUGAACUAGCCAGGGAUCCUGAGUCUUUCACCAAGCAUCGAGUGCUGGUGAUUCUCAAAUGCGUACUCAACUUAAUCAUCAGAUUCAAGAAUGUAUCAAGUGCAACACAGGUUUUAAAAUUCAUGAAAGACGAGAACUUCAAUGUGGAACUAGAAAGUCUUGUGCUCUUGCUCAGAAUGCUAAGGCAAGCAAAGGAGUACGAUCAAUUUGUAACAGUUCUUACAGGAAUUCAACUUGAUACACUAAAACGAAAUGAACGGAAUAUCAUUGUCGAUGAGAUAUUGUUAUUGAUGAGAGACAAAUUUUGCUCCUCUCCCAAAGUAAUAAUAGGGUACGUCAGUGCGUUGUUUGGAGCUCCCCAACACCAAAGAUCGGGACUUUACAUUUUAAAUGAGCUCGGAAUACUUAGUUACCCUUAUGAGUCUACAAUUGCUUCGAAAAUUACUUCCACUCAAGUGGUGCAACCUGCAACUGUUGACGAUAAAUUGAAAAAUUCGAACUUGACCAGUAGGGGGUUGUCUUAUGUAUAUCAAGUUUUGUUCAACUCGAUGGAAAAGAGCCAGAGGCACAAUGCAUCGGUCAUUAAGAAGUACUUUCAGCUAUAUGUUAAUUACAUGUCCGAAAAUUUAUUAAACGAGCCAGAUGAUAAACCAUUGGGAGUUUUUCUCCAAUUUCUAUUUUACACUAAUGAAGAUGCAGAACGAGAUUCAAUUGUGCCUUCUGGUAACUACUACCUAGCAAAGACAAUCUUUGAGUAUUACAAGACUUUAAAAUUGAAUGGAAAUCAGAUAACAUCUGCAACUUUACAAAAGCUUUCGAGAGAUGCGAUAACUAAAUUCAACGAUAUUGCAUUUGCAACAGACGUAAUACGCUUUGCAAGAGAUAAAGGAAAAAUGCUUACAUUCCAUCAAAUCUUUCCAUUCAUUAAGAAAGCUGAUGAAAAUCGUGAUUCGAAAAAGUUUGAAUUUUGGAUGGGUGAACUAACUAAAAUGGGAGUUAAAGUGACAUCUAGAGAAUUGAAUGAACUCAUUACUUUUUGCAGAGAUCCAGAGCCAGCGAAAAAUGCAUACAAGUACAAAUGGAGUAUGACAAAGCAUAGAAGAGAUAACAAGAAGGCAUUAGAUCGUUUGAGUGCUGAAUUUUUACCUGGGAAUACAAAAAAUACUGCAAAUCACCCGUCCGAGGAAGAGACGACGGAGGAAAUCAUUCAAAAUGAAUCCUAG